CCGAAGCUGGAUCCGCAAGUGGCCCCCGCCACCCCCGCGCACGACGCGCCCGGCUCGCUUUUUCUGCCCGGGAGGAGCGCAGGUGCCCAGCCCACGAUCGACAGCAGCCGCUGUGAGAUGCUGCGCUCCACGUCCACGGUUACCCUGCUCUCGGGUGGUAAUACCAGACCGCCCGGGGCGCCCAGCAGGAGGGCAAAUGUCUGCAGACUACGGCUGACGGUGCCUCCUGAGAGUCCGGUUUCUGGGAAAACUGAAAAGAAGAUUGAGAGAAAAGAGCAGCCUCCUGAGCUGAGCAAUGGGGAACCUACCCGCAAACUUCCUCAGGGUGUCGUCUAUGGCGUAGUACGGAGAUCAGAUCAAAACCAGCAGAAGGAAAUGGUGGUGUAUGGCUGGUCCACCAAUCAGCUGAAAGAAGAGAUGAACUACAUCAAAGAUGUGAGAGACACUUUGGAGAAAGUCAGGAAGCGGAUGUAUGGAGACUAUGAUGAAAUGAGACAGAAGAUCCGACAGCUCACUCAGGAUCUGUCAGUCUCCAGUGCUCAGAAAGAUUAUCUGGAGAAUCACAUCGAGAGCCAGUCAUCAGCCUUGGAUAGUUUCAACGCCAUGAGCUCGGCUUUGGCAUCAGACUCCAUUGGCCUGCAGAAAAGCCUGGUAGAUGUCACUUUGGAAAACAGUAACAUUAAGGACCAAAUCAGAAAUCUGCAGCAGACCUAUGAAGCCUGCAUGGACAAACUGCGUGAAAAGCAGAGGCAAUUGGAGGCAGCCCAUGUGGAGAAUCAGCUGCUGAAGAUGAAGGUGGAAUCGUCUCAAGAAGCCAAUGCUGAGGUGAUGAGGGAGAUGACCAGGAAGCUGUAUAGCCAGUAUGAGGAAAGGCUCCAAGAGGAGCACCAGAAGCACAGCGCCGAGAAAGAGGCUCUCCUGGAGGAAACCAAUAGUUUUCUGAAAGCAAUUGAAGAAGCCAAUCAAAAGAUGCAUGCGGCAGAGGUCAGCCUAGAGGAAAAGGACCAGAGGAUUGGAGAGCUGGACAGGCUCAUUGAGCGCAUGGAAAAGGAACGGCACCAACUUCAACUCCAACUCUUAGAGCACGAAAUAGAAAUGUCAGGAGAAAUCAUUGGGCCUGACAAAGAGAGGUAUCAGCAGCUGGAGGAGGCAUCAGCCAGCCUCCGAGAGCGAAUCAGACACCUAGAUGACAUGGUGCACUGCCAGCAGAAGAAAGUUAAACAGAUGGUGGAGGAGAUUGAAUCAUUAAAGAAAAAGGUACAACAGAAACAGCUCUUAAUACUGCAGCUUUUGGAGAAGAUAUCUUUCUUAGAAGGAGAGAAUAAUGAACUGCAAAGCAGAUUGGACUAUUUAGAAGAAACUCAGCCCAAGACUGAAGUGGAAACCAGAGAGAUUGGAGUGGGCUGUGAUCUUCUACCCAGCCCAACAGGCAGGACUCGUGAAAUCGUGAUGCCUUCUAGAAACUACACGCCAUACACGAGAGUCCUGGAACUAACCAUGAAGAAAACCCUCACUUAAGGCAUUCGAAUCCAUGCACUUCAGAGGCAAAAAGGGCCUGGAGUCAAGAAAGGGUGACUGUUACGUCCUCAUGAACAAGAAGCCAGAAUGGAAACUGCUGUAGCUCCGCUCUGCUUCUAAGACAGGAAGGAGAGUGAAGAUGGAGGAGGGGACAGGCAAGGGCAGGUGUAAGGGUCACAGCACCCUGUUGUGUGCUGCAUUAUCAUUUGCUUUUCAUGUAGACACUGAAAUCCUUACAGUAUUUCACCAUUUGUUUUUGUUUUUCUAUUUUGCUACUUUGGUUGGGAGUGAAAAGGGCAUUGAUUUGAAAUUUCAUAUUAUUCACAGCAGCAUUUGUUAGAGCAUGAAGGUUUGUUUACCCAUGAAAGUAUUAGAAACAGUGUUUCUCUGGUGCAGCAAGGCUGUCAAUGAGAAGUGUGGGCACCUGGAAAAACUUGAACCCAGAGGGGAGAAUUCCCAGAAUGCACAGCUCUCUCUCUUUGGCCCCGAGGAAUUGUGCUGGGCUGUAAAAGCCACAAUUAGUCAGUGUAGCACAGACCAGCUUCAUCCUGAUAUGCUAAUCCCUUGCUUUAAUUUGUGCCUUAUGUCUUUAUCGGACCUGAAAUCACUAUAUUUAUUCAACUUUUGAUUUUUUGUUUUCGUUCACACUUUAACUUAAAGAGAAUUUUGUAUGUUGUGGAAAUUUAAUCAUUUAAUGUUUUGUAUCAAUUGAUAUUUUUGUUAAAGGAAUGAGUAAUCUAUUCAUGCAUGCUCUAGUUUGUUAGUAUAACCUGUAUUGCCUUUGUUAUUACAACCUGUUUAAUAAAUACCAUAUAUUUUGUUCUA